AUCGCCACCCUGUUCCGGCCUCCUCGUGGGCGAGAUGAUCUCCCAGUCGUCAGUCUGACGUUCCAACUCUGACCAAAUCUCUGCAAAUAACAACGAUCCCAUUCAUACAGUAAUCCGGAAUAUCCGGCAUGAAAUUUGCAGCCCCGCCAGUAAAGGUGGCGUGCUUGGCUUGCCGCGCAUCAAGAACCCGUUGCGAUGGAGGCCAAACAUGCCAUAAUUGCCUGGUUCGAAACCGAGAGUGCCUCUACGCCCCUAGCAAAAGAGGUGGCUCACGGAGGACAAGAGCACACCCAUGGAAGGCCGACAGCCUUCCUGUAGCACAACGUUCCAAACGAACAUCACAACAUCUUUCAAGCGACUUCACCGCCCUCGAGCAAAUUGGUCAUCUCAUUUCCCCUGGCGCAGGGCUGAAACGUCCCGAAUAUGUUGAAGAGCGUGCCGAGGCAGAUACAGGGCGCCACCCUGGGGCUCCGAUAAAUCCGAUUGCACAUUUCCCUCUAAGGGUUUAUGGAAGUGACAAGGCCGUAUUGAAUGCAUACUACACGUAUAUUCACCAAUAUUUCCCAAUACUCCCCCCACCAAAUUCACCACUAGAGCCCGAUCACCCUAUGCACUGGCCUUCCACAGAAGCCUUCAAAACCCUUCCAUACACUACUUCUCCACUCAGUCUGGCAAUCUCUGCAGUACUAGCCCUCAUUCCCUUGCGACAGGAAGAACAUUACGAUACAGUGGUAUCUACAGCUGCACGAACGUCUUUGGCACAGAGGUUUGCCCACGCGGCGCUUGAGCAUAUCGAGGCUGACUCUGAAUUUCUCGACUUCACCACAGCGCAGUCUCCCGGGUGGCUGGACGAGGAGCUACCUAUAUCUCGCACUCCCUUUCACUCACAAGCCCCCGCAGAGCUUGAGAGUGUCCUAGCUCUUCUUAUUCUGGGCAACUACGAACAUGCUCAACGCGGAAACCUGCUUAAAAUGACUUGUCGUGCGAGCCAAGCGUUAGUUACGGCGAAGAACUUGUCUCUCCAUCACCUGGGGCCAGAAACCGACAAGUUCUCAGAAGCAAGGAGAAGAGCGUGGUGGAUGACGUACUAUUACGCACAUUUGUGUUCCGUCGUUCGCCAGAGCGCAUCGAUCAACGUUGGUGAUGAUAGCGAGUUCACAACUCCAUAUCCUCAGCUAGAAUCCGAUCCAGAGGCAUGGUCCAUUUUUAUCGAAUCGCUGCGUAUCUCUGUAGCCAGUGUUCGAUUCGCAGCUAGCCACAAAACCUCUCUUGAGUCACAGGCGGGAGCUGACAGCAUUUACGAACAAAUGGAUAAGCUUGACAGAUGGGUGGUGCUGGCUGCUGCGAGAGCGGAAUCAGACCUGCCCGUGUCAUCAACUGCGCAGCUGGAUCCCGCAAGUGAGCUCGUGACGGCUCAAGUCAUGCGACGCAUUUGUCGAAUCAGAUUUUCCAGUGCGAGAAUCCGGAUCCAUCGGUAUCACGCAUUCUCAGACAUUCCGCUGUUUGCAAAGAAUCAUUGUGAUCUUACGCCUUCCGAUAUCUUGAACGUUUCCAGCAGUGGCCUGGUGUCCAUGAGCGACACUCCAUCCGCCCUGUUAGCGGCACCGACUUUCACUCCCGAUCAAUCAGCUGCAAUAUGUGUUGAAUCUGCUUUGACAAUUUCUCGACAACUCCAGAACUUACCGGCUCCCAAUGCUGAUUACGCUGGCGAUGUACUUUCUUGCACUAUGCCUACAACUUCAUGCUGCGCAAUGCAGGCUAGUUACGCCUUGUUGAUGCAGUUUUGUAGACUCCGCGUUAUGUCUCAAAUCCCCGCCGUGCCUACAAGCAGCAAAACCUCUCCAGAACGCCUGAUUGAGGAACUUCGUCAUGGAUUAGAUGGAAUUAUUGCUGCAAUGGAAGGUUUCGCAGGGGUGUUCCAAGCAAUCAGUGGCAUGACAGAUGAAGUUGAUGCUGCCUACCAAGUUGCAUUUCAGGUCACCUUCCCUGAAUUUGGAGAUUAAAUCGAGGUCAUGAACCUGGAAAGUCUUGCUACUGAGUUCGAGAUAUCGUUUGAGCUUUUUUAACUGCAAGCGCAAGGUAUACUGACUACCAGGGGUUCAGGGACACUUAUUAGGUAUAUAUGGCUUAAUUAAUGUUGAUGGGAGAAAACAAUUUGCUGGUUGCUACCGUGGGAAUCUUGACGCUUGGCUCGUCUCUUUUGAGCCAGCUCCCUCUACUAGCACUAAUUCUAUAGAAGACUUUCCAGAGGUCACGUAUCGAUUAUUGCAUGAUGUAGAGUGAUCGAAUACUAUAUGAUAGACAAAUACUGGAUAGCGUAUGGUAGGUUCAAUCCUACUGGUAAUAGUUUAAACAGGAUUAAAAUUUCACUCUCGCAAUCCUG